CUUUGAAGCCAGUCGUCAGGCUUCAGCGGCUGUAGCUGUUAGCUGUGCUCUGAUCAACGUUAAAAUACACACGUAGGUGCUGGAAACAACGCAGGAACUCGGGACAUUAGACGGGGAAAGCCCCGCGGAUACGCGUGGAUCUGGAUUGCAGAAGACCUAGAGACAGAAGGCAGCAUUGUUCUCACCGCUGGCCUGCCUUCUCCUUCCUCUCCACCGUCUCCUACUCCUCACCAUCACCUGCUCUGUCUAACCGUCACCAUGAUGACUCUGUUCCUGCUCUGGCUCCGUCACUGAGCCGUCACCCUGCUCCACCACCAUGGAGAGAAAACGGAGAAAGAAAUGUAUCUAGCUGCCCGGGCCCUUUGCAAUAUGGACUCGUCUUUGGAGCUGUGGACGUGAAAAUGCCUUUCCCCGACGUCUGAUCGUGAAGCACGUCUUAGUCGCUGACGGUUUGCACUAUUUUAUAAGUCAAAAUGCUCCUGAUUUCCGUGUUGGCCCCCGUGUUUGUGGGGCUGCUGGCAGGCCUCCUGCCUGCAGUGGGGAUGGAGGCGCAGCACGGGACCAGACCCGGCUCCAGACCCGGUCCCAGACCCACUUCCAGUUCCAGACCCAGUUCCAGCCUCCCCCUGCCAUCCGCCUCCAACCGGUCCCAUCUGACCCUCAAACUGGAGUUCUCCUCUGAGGUCGUGGAACAUGAGUACAUCGUUGCGUUUACAGGCUACUUCUCAGCAAAAGCCCGCCGGUUGUACAUCAGCAGCGCCCUGCGGGGUUCUGGGGACGGCAGGUUGGAGUGGCACAUCGUUCCCAGGGAAAACCCGGCCUCCGACUUCCCCAGCGACUUCGAGCUGGUGCACAUCCGGCAGGCCUCGCCCAGCCGGCUGCUCACCCUGGAGGAGCACCCGUACAUCAAGAGGGUGACGCCGCAGCGCAAAGUGUUCCGCACACUCAAAUACCUGCCCACGCCCGAACCGUCGGCUCCCUGCAACGCCACCCCCGAGGCCCAGAAGUGGCAGUCGUGGCAGUCGUCCCGGCCCUUCAGGAGAACCAGCCUGUCCCUGGGCUCCGGGUUCUGGCACGCCACCGGCCGCCACUCCAGCCGCCGGCUGCUGCGCGCCAUCCCCCGCCAUGUCGCCCACAUCCUGCAGGCCAACGUGCUGUGGGACAUGGGACACACCGGUUCUGGCGUGAAGGUGGCCGUGUUCGACACCGGCCUCAGCGAGAAACACCCGCAUUUUAAGAACGUGAAGGAAAGGACCAACUGGACCAAUGAGAAAACCCUUGAUGACGGUCUGGGUCACGGUACGUUUGUAGCAGGAGUUAUAGCCAGUAUGAGGGAGUGUCAGGGCUUCGCCCCGGAUUCAGAGCUGCACAUCUUCAGAGUGUUCACCAACAACCAGGUUUCAUACACCUCUUGGUUCUUGGAUGCUUUCAACUAUGCCAUCCUGAAGAAGAUUGAUGUUCUCAACCUCAGCAUCGGGGGACCGGACUUCAUGGACCAUCCGUUUGUUGACAAGGUGUGGGAGCUGACGGCGAACAAGGUGAUCAUGGUUUCUGCCAUCGGCAACGACGGCCCUCUCUACGGCACUUUGAACAAUCCAGCUGAUCAGAUGGAUGUGAUUGGAGUUGGAGGCAUCGACUUUGAGGACAACAUUGCUAGAUUUUCAUCUAGAGGGAUGACCACUUGGGAGCUGCCGGGGGGUUAUGGCCGAGUCAAGCCGGAUAUUGUCACCUACGGUUCAGGUGUUCGGGGCUCGGGGAUGAAGGAGGGGUGUCGCUCUCUGUCCGGCACCAGCGUGGCUUCCCCCGUGGUGGCUGGGGCCGUCACGCUCCUGGCCAGCACGGUGAUGAACCGGGAGCUGGUGAACCCCGCCUCCAUGAAGCAGGCUCUGAUCGCCUCGGCCCGCAGGCUGCCCGGGGUCAACAUGUUUGAGCAGGGCGCCGGGAAACUGGACCUGAUCAGAGCGUACCACAUCCUCAACAGCUACAGGCCUCAGGCCAGUCUCUCUCCCAGCUACAUCGACCUCACAGAGUGUCCCUACAUGUGGCCUUACUGCUCGCAGCCCAUCUACUACGGAGGAAUGCCCACCAUCGUUAACGUGACCAUCCUCAACGGCAUGGGAGUCACCGGCAGGAUCAUCGACAAGCCCGUGUGGCAGCCGUACCUCCCUCAGAACGGCGACCACAUCGACGUGGCCAUCUCCUACUCCCCGGUGCUGUGGCCCUGGGCCGGCUACCUGGCCGUGUCCAUCUCCGUGGCCAAGAAGGCUGCGUCGUGGGAGGGGAUCGCUCAGGGCCACGUGAUGGUCACGGUGGCCUCGCCUGCAGACAACGACUCGGAGGUGGAAGGCGAGCUGACCUCCACCGUCAAACUGGCCAUCAAGGUGAAGAUUGUGCCGACUCCUCCUCGCAGUAAGAGGGUGCUGUGGGACCAGUACCACAACCUGCGCUACCCGCCCGGAUACUUCCCCCGGGACAACCUGCGCAUGAAGAACGACCCGCUGGACUGGAACGGGGACCACAUUCAUACAAACUUCCGGGACAUGUACCAGCACCUGAGGAGUAUGGGCUACUUUGUUGAGGUGCUGGGAGCCCCCAUCACAUGCUUUGAUGCCAGCCAGUACGGAACGCUGCUGAUGGUGGACAGUGAGGAGGAAUACUUCCCUGAAGAAAUCACCAAGCUGAAGAGAGACAUCGACAACGGUCUGUCUCUCAUCGUCUUCAGCGACUGGUACAACACGUCUGUGAUGAGGAAGGUCAAGUUUUAUGACGAAAACACCAGGCAGUGGUGGAUGCCAGACACCGGGGGCGCUAACAUCCCAGCUCUGAACGACCUGAUCUCCGUGUGGGGGAUGGCUUUCAGUGACGGGCUGUACGAGGGAGACUUCACCCUGGCUAAACACGACAUGUAUUACGCCUCGGGCUGCAGCAUCGCUCGUUUCCCAGAGGAUGGAAUCGUGAUUGCCAUGAACCUGAAGGACCAAGGUCUAGAGGUUCUAAAGCAGGAGACGGCGGUUGUGGAGGGAGUCCCCAUCCUAGGGCUGUAUCAGACGCCGUCUGAAGGCGGCGGUCGCAUCGCUCUGUACGGAGACUCUAAUUGCAUAGAUGACAGCCACAGACAGAAAGAUUGUUUCUGGCUGCUGGACGCUCUGCUGCACUACACUUCCUACAGUAUCACCCCUCCCAGCCUCAGCCACAGCGGAGUGGCUCCUCCCACCGGGGCAGAGAACCUGCUGCCACAGAGACUGGAAGGAAACCACCUGUACCGCUACUCCAAGGUUCUGGAGGCUCACCUGGGAGACCCCAAGCCCCGCCCCCUCCCGGCCUGCCCCCACCUGUCCUGGGCCAAGCCACACCCCCUCAACGAGACGGCCCCCAGUAACCUGUGGAAGCACCAGAAGCUUCUCUCUGUGGAUCUGGAGAAGGUGACUCUGCCCAACAUGAAGCUGUACCGUCCCCAGGUCAGACCUCUGUCUCCGGGAGAGAGCGGGGCCUGGGACAUUCCUGGAGGGAUAAUGCCUGGCCGGUACAACCAGGAGGUGGGCCAGACCAUCCCCGUGUUCGCCUUCCUGGGGGCCAUGGUGGUCCUGUCCUUCUUCGUGGUGCAGCUCUCCAAGGCCAAGAGCAAACCCAAGCGCAGGAAACCGCGCAUCAAGAGACCCACGUACCUGCAGCAGCAGCAGCAGACGACCACGGGGAAGAACCCCACAGUGUGACGGCCCGACCCGGCCGGACUCACGGACUCACCCUGGAGCCAGACUCGGAACUGCUUUUAACCCGGCGGACAUGGGAACAGUUUACGUGCCUCUUUGUCUUUUACGGAACAGUUUUUGGUGUUUGUAUGUUUGUGGACCAAAUGAACAGUACGACGCAAACUACACACACACUCGGACCUGAAAACACUUGAUCCGGUCCAAGACAAGCCCCUCUACGUUUCCCCUAACUCAUAUUUGACCAAAUGGUUUCUUUGGAAAUGAAAUGUCUUACUUUUUUCUAUUUAUUGAAUUAGUCUGUACCCGACCACACAAGUACAAGAGACGUUUUUCAGUGAAAACAGAGAAAUGGACACAUUGGGGAUGGAGUCGUCAGCACAUAAUGCAGGUUUGUUCAGCACGAGGACGAUCGAGGAUCAAGUUUGUCUCUGUGGUGUUUUCCAAGUCCUCCCCAUAUGUGUUUUGAAAAGCUUUCUUUUCAUUGUUUUUAUAUUUUAUAUAAUGAAUUAACUGUGGCCAGGUCUUCUGUCAGAAUCAUCCCUCAUGAUCUCACUGUCGCCACGUAGCAUAGACAGACUUGUUCAGAUGUAACGCAUCAAUUAAAAAGCAUAAUCAAAA